CUAUCGAUUGCUUAUGUGUUCUGCUCGGCAAUGCCUAAAUUAACCGUCGAACGGCCGCGGUCUCGAAAAAGAAGGCGAGUGGACGUGUUGCCGCGCGGUUUCCUGUCGCGCAUCUUCGUCGAAGUAUCGGCUGUAUGAGGGCUUUUCCCGAAAUAAGUCACCGACGCGUGUUUUAUUUCCGUGACGGUCGUCGAAAGCGCGCGAGCCAACAACCGAGAAGCGUUGUUUCACCGGGGGCUCGCUGCGAGCAACCCGAUUCCACCGUCGUCGGCGGCAAAAUGUGUUAAAAGAGAGAAGACCACGUGUGUGACAAUGUGUGCUCAUCGUCCGCUCGCCUGUUCCAGGGUUAAACAUAGCUACUUGGCUACGCAGCGAUACCGAUAGGGUUUUCCCGAACGGGAAUAAUACGUCAGUCCCGAUCCUCCAGUGUCAAUUUACAGACACGAUGUGUAAUGUAUCAAGCCGAUAGGUUUCGGGAGAAUCCGGCGUGGAGAAGAGCCGACAGCUUUGUGUGCAUGCUCCCCCGCUGAUAAGGCUUACGAAGUAUCUCUCGAACGGUGCUCUCCGAUGCGCGCGGCCCGUAGUAGACGUGUAAUUUAUACAAGGGUGCCAUCCCAUGCAAGAAUUAGUGGUCGGAAUGAUUUUCGCCGCGAUUUUUGUAACGCUCCGGACUUAUCCUGCUCGACAUGCGCAAUAAUGCGCGCUUGAAUUGGCUGUUGAUCGUUGUUGUAGCUGGUAUAAAUGCGUUCCCGAUUUCCCGGGGACGCGAAACAACAGGAAAAGACGGAUAUCGGUGAUGUGUGUUUUGUGUGUGUGUGUGUGUGUGUGUGGGUAUGUGUGAAAGAAAAAGAGAGAAGGAGAGGGAGAGAAAAUCACGCUGUCAAAGGAUGUAUUAUCGGCUAUUUCGCCGCCUUACUGGCUGUCGCCCGUGCCGGGAUCAUUGGCCCGGGUGCAGCUGCAGUAGCCGUCGCGCAACAACCAGCUGCAACGGUUAUCAGAACCGAAAACUACGACUCACAUCCUCGGUAUAGUUUCGGUUAUAGCGUGGCGGAUGGUCUCACUGGCGACAACAAGGCGCAGGAGGAGAUUCGCAACGGGGAUGUUGUCCAGGGAAGUUACAGCUUAAUCGAGCCCGACGGCGGCCGUCGCGUCGUCUCCUACGCGGCCGAUCCCAUCAACGGUUUUAACGCGGUCGUACAGCGGGAUCCUGGCGUCACGGUUAAGACCGCCGCCGCCGUCGCAGCUGCACCGCUCGCCGCUGCAGCGGUGCGACCCGCCGUCGUAGCGCCGUCCGUGAUCGCCGCAGCUGCGCCGGCCGCUGUUGCAGUUCGCCCGCAGGCGACUGUCUUGGGUGUUCCCCUGGUGAGGCAGCCGUUCGUCUCGGGAUCUACUUUGGCUGCUACAAACGUCGUCGCCGGGAAUUCGGGACUAGUGGGUCUGGGAGUGGGCCUGGGACUUAGAUCGGGAUCUAUCUACGGUACGCAGGCUGUCGUCGCGGACAGUUACGGUAGCGGCAGCGUCGUAAAGAUUCAUUAGACAACAGCGUACAGUCCGACCUUGAUUCACGUUACUCGGCUUUCCCUCAUAGCGCAAUCGGAAACACUCCGUCCGCCCUAGUGCGUCGCGAUCUCCUUACGCGCGCGCAUAUCUCGCCACCACUUACCGUCGCAUUACAAAUUAUACGUCUAAUGGUAUCCACUGAAGCAUCUAGGUCACUCGUAAGUUAUUUACAUCCUGAACUGUAAUCGUACCACGAGCGUAGCUUACAAAAUAAAGAGCUGAGUAUCUCGGAAACGAUUA